AUGCAAUAAGAGUUGAUAUCAUAUAAAUAAUUGUUAAACAAUUACCCCAUAGAUUAAGAUGAGUUGCAAAUAUUGAAAGAACAAAAUAAAUUAAUUGAAGAAUAAAUACAAAAAUUUAAAUAACCAAUUUGUUGUAAUAUUUAAUAUUAUUAUUUAUAGAACCAAUUGAACUUUUUAACUAAGAAUAAUAAAAAUUAAAAUUAUAAUUAGAAGUUAAUAGUUCCAUUUUUAAUGAAUAAUAAGAGAAAUACAUUACCUUAUAAAAAGAAUAUUCUUAAAUAGUAAUUGAUUAUGAGAAGAGAAUUCGAAAUUUAGAAAUGCAUUACUUAGAAUAGAGUAAACAAUAGAGAAUAUAAAUAUAAAACAGUAUGCUUAUUGUUUUUAUAUAUAUUAAAGUUUUAAAAGAUAAUCCUUUUUUGGAGGUGUACUCAAGUCGGCGAUAGAGUUCUUAACCAGAGUAAAUGUCAGAAAACAAAUUAUUAAGUAUGAAUAGAUUAAAUUUUAAUACACAAAACUCUCCAGAUAAAGAUAUUUUAGAUUAAUAGUAUUAAUAUAUUAAAAUAUAGAUUAAUUUAAGAGGAUUCAACAAAUAAUUUGAGGGAAGAUAUUAAAAAAAGAUUAGCUUAUUUAAAAUUUUAGAUGGAUUAACAUAGUUGA